AUGGAAUGUGGAUCACACUCCCAAGGAAACUACAUUGUUUCCUGUACGGAUGACUUCCGGAAAACGUCACAAGUACCGAAAUUAAAUGGGCACCUGCUGCUUGAAGCAAUAAUCACAAAAGGUUCUAUAUCUAAACUAGCGGAGACUCUGAUUCCAACAACUGAAGUUUCAAGCCAUCGGAGACCAAUAGAGGAGAUUGUAUCCAACGAUGUUGUCCGGAAUGCAUUUGAGGCCUCCAAAACUCAGUGGAUUGAUAAUCCCGUCAUUACUCCAUGGCAUGAUCCGAACCAUAGGAUCUAUGGUGUCCUCACGGAAGCCAAUCGUCUACACCAAAUCUGGACGUCUAUAAAACCGCGACCAUUCUCACCACUCACAGAUCCUCUAUGGAUGGAAGCAGGCCGCACAAUAGCAGAAGUUGGUCUCCCAUGGCAUAACAACCAACUUAAUAUGCCUGAUGAGAUCGACAGCAGCUGGCAAUUUCACUUCAAGUCUUAUGAGCGAAGAGCUCUUAGAGAAAAAGGCGCUCGUGUGGGGGAUGCGAAUGCAACUGGGUAUAUUUGCACAGCUAGAGAGGCGAACUGUUAUUGCAUUCGAACUCUGCAGCAAGACCUACGAGAUAAACACCCCACUUUGAGGCCGAUUCUAGUCUAUGACAACUUCGACGAGCAAACAAUAUUAUCCGCAAAGUCUUUCUUUGGACUUCAAAUUUAUCGUAUAUCUUUAUCAGACAACAUAGAGAACAUCUGUCGAGAUUUAAAUGCGGUUACAAAUAAUGAACGGCCUGUUAUUUUCGCAGCCACGUUAGCAGCUCUCAACGGAAUGUGCGAUGACUUGGAUAUCAUCUGCAAGAUCUCAGAGAGUGUUAAACUUCUACUCCACGUCGAUGCUUCACGAAACUUCGACUAUAUCACAACAUUAUCUUCAAGAGACAGGAAACUAUUAGGAAUUAGAAGUUUGAGGCUAGAACCUAGACUACUAUCCAAAGAGUUGCGGAUACAUGAUGGACCUGUUCGCGCUAGUACUAUUGUCGCAGCGGGAUCAAAUCAUGUGGGCCCAGCGCAUGCAGUCGCUUUAAAGCCAGCAUCUUUGGGAGCAAAACAUGUGAAAGUCGCAUAUGUACGAGCAUAUGAUGCCUCUCUGGCUGGGUCACGAGAUGCUCUCCUUCCUCUCUGGGCCGCCCUGCAGGAGAUCAAGUUCGGGGCAAGUGGAUUCCAAGAAGUAUAUCAAUACUGCGCUCGAAUGAGAACCAUACUCAUUCGCGCCCUCGCGGGAAAAGUGAAAUUCAUUGCGCCUUCUUACUCUCUGGACGUUAUAGUUCAAUCAUGCUCUCAGGAACAGAUCGAAGGCUUGGUCGCUCUAGGUGGCCAAAGCCUCCCAAACAAAGGGGAAGUUAUUCUCACCGUCCAGCCCUCUGUUGUUCCUAAUGACAUCAAGUCGUUCUUGGAAGCCUUAUCGAUAUCCAACAAGACGGUUGAAAACAUCGUAAACCGGGAUUUCUCCAAGUUAUACCCAAUACCCCCACUAGUCAUCGAUGACUUGCGCGAAACCGUUCGGUCUUGGAGAGUUAAAACUCGGUUCUCUGCCGGCUAUCCAUUGAACAUGUUUUCAUAUUCUGCGUUAGGGCCCGUUGUUGGGAAGUUUCUGGACGUCAAAAUUCCCCAAGAUUGGCUGGAAUCACAUGCGGACCAACUUCUUGCCACCCGAAUGCAGAGCUUUGGGCUUACCGGGUCUGAAACACAGUUUAAGGGAACCCUUACAAAUGGAAGCACAAUGGGCAACCGAGUUGGGAUCCACGUGGCCUUAGCCCGACUACCUGGGGCGUUUGUAUAUUUCUCCACUGAAACCCACUAUAGCGUCUCCAAGACAGCCCGUGAUUGCGAUACAAUUACAAAUCGCUGGUUGACUAGCCACAAACCCAAAUAUUCUGAAAUAUCAUGUGAUAAAAUGGGUUCCAUCUCAAUCAACGCGCUUGUUGAAAGAGCGCUAGGCGAUCAAAGGGAAUGUCGAGAGCGUGGCGAAGAAUAUCAUAUGGUAUUAUUCGCCAAUAUGGGUACGACUUUUGUAGGUGCACGAGAUAACCUCAAGAAAAUAUGUGAAAGAUUAGCCGACGUGGGGGUUACAAUAUCUCAUAUUCACGUCGACGGAGCGUUUGAUUUUGGCUUCGAGAACUGCAGCGUCAAACUCGGUUUACCAGGAACGAUCGAUGAAGAAGGUAGACCGUUCGUACAAGGUGUAACAAUCAGCCACCACAAGGCGUUAGGCGGCAUGGUAUCCGGCGAGGUCAUCUGCUAUAGUCCCCAUGAUCAUCUCGCGCCAUUUAAAUGGAACGUCGACCCAAGGAUUGUGUUUGAAAAGUGGCUGUAUGAUCAGGCGUUUAGACCAGAAGAUAUCACCAAAAUGUAUCGGUAUUGCCAGGCCAAUGCAACAUAUCUGGAAUUUGCUCUCAGAAAAUCUGGAUUUGCUACAAAGCGGAAUCCUGAGAGCCUUAUAGUCGUUUUUGAACGGCCACCAUCCUGGAUUAUCGAGGAAUUUUCGCUCAGGCCUGAAGGUGAUUGGGUUCACUUUAUCGCAUCACCCCACAUAUUGCGUUCCACCAUCAACCUUUUCAUCGAUAGAAUCUCAUGGUUUGAGAAGCAAUGCCAAGUUGCUUUCAGCUAUGUGAACCCUAUAGUGGACUCCGUGCUAGGUCCGGUCGAACUCACAUGCGUACGAUGUCAGGACCCAUUGGCCAGAUCUAUCUCUGGGCUGUCUGAAUCAGCUAUGCCUCUAGUAUCGGGAGCACAAAGGGAUAUUGUAAACAUAGCCAAGACUUGUAUGCGAGGAGCGCUGUCAGUAGCGGUGUUAGACAAGCGUGGCGAGGUGGAAGUGGUCCUGCUAAUCGAGUCAAAUCGAAACAUGUCGAUCAAAGUGGGACCACUGCUCGUUAGAGCCCGCAACGUUGUUCAUGCGAGCGCAAUAGUCGACAUUGCCAGACAACUUACAGGAUUUAUGGCUAGAAGCAUGAAUGCUCAGCUACAUACUGAUGUCUCUAGCUACAGUUUAUAUGUGAUAUAA